UUUCUGUCGAUGGCAAUUGUCAUGAAAAUAUUUGAAUUUUUAGUUUUAAUUCAAAUAUUUUCUUGUUUUACUAAGUGUCACUUCAGCAUCAAUUAGAGUAUAACCUAGCAAAACUAGAAAAUAAUUCAAUUAAAGCUAAAAAUUCAAAUAUUUUCAUGACGCGUGACAUCGAUAGAAGGCGACUGUAGAUAUCUACAGUGCACGGAAUCCAGGCCCUGAUUAUUCUCAAAGGUUUGGUAACAAGCAUACACGUGCAUACACUAACAUCUAAUGAUGGGUGAUAAUUAUAAUUAUUAUUUUCCAGAGAAAGUUCUCGUAUCGACAACAAUUUUCGUUCUAGUGGGGUUGGUAGUGGCCACACAAGUGUUUUAUAUAUUUUUUAUCAUCCACACAACUAAAGCUUUUAGAAAGGAAAUCAUUAGAAGAGGACGACUAAUAUCAGUUUUACCAAUAAUUUCGACAAUUGGUGCAACGAUGCCCGUUCAUGUAAACGUCCAACAAACUGUAAAUGUUCCAAAUGCUCCACAACAAAAUACUUACCCACCGAAUGCUUAUACAGCUCCUGAUGGUUCCAGAAUGUUCGAUGAUAAAGUAGCACCACCAGCAUACGUACCGUAACAAAAAUAAAUUGAGGUUUAAUUAUUAAAAAGAUAAAUAAAUAAAUACGUUUAUCCUAAACUAUUUAUCAAUAUGAUUUCUUACAAUUUUUAGAGAAAAUAAAAUAUUUUUUGUCUUUUUUAUUA